AUGGAGAAGGAGAUUAGAGUUAGUGUGAAAUAUGCUAACUCCGUAAAAGAGAUAUGGAAGGACUUACAGGAGCGUUUCGGGAAGGAGAGUGCCCCGAGGGCAUACGAACUCAAACAACUUCUGAUGACAACGAAGCAAGAUAGCUCCUUUGUGUUAGCAUACUACACCAAAGUAAGAACACUCUGGGAUGAGAUAAAUGCAGUUUUUUCGAUUCCUAAAUGUUCUUGUACGGGCUGCACAUGUGGCUUGAGCAAGAAGAUGACCAAUUCCAAGGAUAAAGAGAAGUUGUAUGAGUUCUUACUUGGACUCGACAACGAAUAUUCUACCAUUAGAACCCAAAUCCUUGCUAUGAAGCCCAUACCCAGCCUAGGAGAAGCCUAUCAUCUUGUUUCAGAAGAUGAGCAACAAAAGGCAUUUGUGAACAAAGACGGGGUUGCUGGCACACACAACCGAAACAUAUCCAAAAGCAGCAAGAAGGUUGCUGAUGAAAAGGUGGAGCAUUACGCCUUUUGUAGGAAAGACAAGCAUUACUGUGACGGGUGCUUUAAACGAAUCGGGUACCUGGAAUGGUGGCCGGGAAAGGGGAAGACGGAGAAAGGAAAGGCUAAGGCCGGAUGCGUUGAUAUGAUGCAGGCUGCGGGUGAACCAAGACAAAGUAGGGCCACCCCCAUACCGGGCUUAAACGAAGAACAAUACCAACAAUUUUUGCACAUGUUUACCACUACGGCUAAUGUCGAGGUCACGAAACCUAUGGCUAAUAUGGCAGGUAUUUUCGACGAAGGUAAUGGGUGGAUUGUUGACUCGGGUUGCACCGAGGACAUAACCGAUAUCUUAAAUACUCUUCAUGAGAAAUGGAAAGUUAAAAUGUGA